AUGACGGGCAAAGCGGGCGCGGCGCUGGCCCCCAGCCUGCCCGGCAAGCCCAAGCCCGACGGCGCGGCCGCCGCCCCCGCCGCCCCGCCACUGCCUCCGCCACCCCCCGCGGCUGGGGUCAAGUCCAACUCUGGGCCCACCCCUCCCCGCUGCACCGGCUUCGGCAUCCAGGAGAUCCUGGGCUUGAACAAGGAGCCGCCGUCGCACCCUCGGGCCGCCCUGGACUCUCUGCCCGCCGGGCACCUGCUGGCGGCCCGCUCCGUACUCAGUCCCGCCGGGGUGGGCGGCGUGGGCAUGGGGCUGCUGGGGGCCAGCGGCAUCCCCGGCUUUUACACCCAGCCCACCUUCCUAGAGGUGCUCUCCGACCCCCAGAGCGUCCACCUGCAGCCCCUAGCCCGGGCCCCCGGGCAGCUGGACAGCAGCCAGACGGCUUCCGCAGAUUCCGAGGAUGUCUCCUCCAGCGACCGAAAAAUGUCCAAAUCCUCCCUAAAUCAGAGCAAGAAACGAAAGAAGAGGCGGCACAGGACAAUCUUCACAUCCUAUCAACUGGAGGAGCUGGAAAAGGCCUUCAAUGAGGCCCACUAUCCUGACGUAUAUGCUAGAGAGAUGUUGGCCAUGAAAACAGAAUUGCCAGAAGACAGGAUACAGGUUUGGUUCCAGAACCGCCGGGCCAAAUGGCGGAAGAGGGAGAAGUGCUGGGGCAGGAGCAGUGUGAUGGCUGAGUACGGGCUCUACGGUGCCAUGGUGCGUCACUCCAUCCCGCUGCCUGAAUCCAUCCUCAAGUCUGCCAAGGAUGGCAUCAUGGAGUCCUGUGCCCCUUGGCUCCUGGGGAUGCACAAAAAGUCUCUGGAGGCAGCGGCUGAGGCGGGGAGGAAGACAGAGGUGGAGCGCCAGGCCCUGCCCAAGCUUGACAAAGGUGACAAAGAAGAAAGGGGUCCUGAUCCCAAAACCACCAUUUCCCAGGAGGAACUGAGAGAAAACAGCAUUGCUGCCCUCAGGGCCAAAGCUCAGGAGCACAGCACCAAAGUCCUGGGGACCAUUGCCGGAGACACCCCAGCCCCAGGCAGGAAGCCGGAGACAGGGGAGGAGGCGGCGGUGGCAGAGGAUGAGAGACAGACGGAGAAGUUGAACUCAUCGCAGAAGGAGGAGAAGUUGAUCUAGGGGGAAGAGAGGUGGCAGAAGCCAGCCCCGACAGACACUGUGUCCUC